CGUAGCGUCGACCCGAAUUAUGGCGAGCCGUAAGAGGACCGACGAUCCAGAUCGUCGGUUGUCUCAACGCCACUUGUGGUCCUCGUCGUCUGACGAGGAGGAGGAGGAGAAGACGACCUCCUCCUGGACGCCCUGCGUAGCGACGUGUAAGAACUCUUCGUCGCUGUCGGGAAAUGAAAUGAUUUUUCUGCCGUUUUCGUCGUCCGAUGAGGAGAAAAUGAUAUCCUCCGCUCGUUGCCAGGAUACCCAAUCAAUGAACAACCCGUCGCCGACGUCGGACCGUUUCAGCAGGAGUCACGCCGACUCCAUCGAGCAGUCGACAGGUCAAGACUCGUCGUCGCGUCGCGACAACAAUCCCUUUAGUUUUAAGGCCUUCUUAAAGAAUGGCAUGCAGCAAACCAACUAUCACAAUACCGGGGCAAGGCCGAAAGUCUAUUCAUCCUCCACAUCAAGUCCUGGUAACGUUCUUGACAAAGAUAAUGUCGGCAGCGGCGUUUAUUCCGGCCGAAACCCAACGGAACUGCCAGACUUUGUACAGGAUCACCUGGUCAUUGAACAGUGUUACCUGAAUCAUGAGAAUAGUCAACCAAUACUACCUGAUAUGGAUAAUCUGCCGGAUUUUGCAUUGAACAGUAUGGAGCAAAGGCAGUCUCGAUUACGGAACGAGACCAAAAAGAACGACUCUGAUAUCUUGUGCGAUGACCUACGAUCGUUUGAUCUCACUGAUACAUUGCACAAAGGCUUACCACACAGAGAUCAUUCUGCAUUAAAUACAAAAAAUCAAAUGCAUUCGAAUCACUUGGACCUACCUACGUUCGAGGAUAGACUCAACGAAACUACACCUAUCUUUCCUCGCCCUGAACACAGAGGAUUUCCAUUUGAUUUGCCAUUACCUUUUCCUGACUCCAAUCCUAGUAUAAAUACAACCGCACGAGGCGAUCUUCCAUCAGGAGGUGAAACGAAUGUUCACAAAUCUCUACCAGACUUCUUAAGCGAUGGUCCUAUACAUAGAUCGUCAGAUUCAGAACCUACAGCGAGCAUGACAGAAUCUACAGAAAGAAGGCUUUUGCUCGAAAAUGAAAGAUUACGUCAGCAAUUAGAGGCAUCUCGAAGGCAACUUAGUGAAAAAAUGGAAAGAAUUCGUUCAUUGGAGGCAGAAUUAUUAUCUAAAAAGGAAGUGGAGCACGAAGAAACUGUACACUUGGAAAAAGCGAUGGAGCAAGUCGAAGAUAACUUAAAACGAAGUACAAAGCGAGCAGUUAAUGCUGAAAGUACUGUCACAUCAUUGAAAAAAGAGAUUAAAGUUUUAACGACAGAGAUAUCUCUACUACGACUGGAGAAUAGUGAACUUCGAGCUGGUAUCUCUGCGGCUGGACAAAGUGAAUCGAAUGCUGGUGCUGUUAAUAUGAAUCGUACAAUUAGAAGGCUUGCGCGUGAUUUAUUCGCGGCUGCAUCGUCGGCUGAAGUAUCCCUCAGACAAUUAAUGUCCGGUGUGGAUAAUCUGAGAGUGCUCGCAUCAACCCUCGAAAAUGUGGACAGGAUAGAAGACUGGACCAAAGACUUUUUACCUGAUUCCGACGAGGAUAAUGCCGCCGGUCCCGCAGUAUAAUAGAAUUUUCUCUC